AUGUCUCCAGAAGCGACGAGCGAAUGGCACACAGUUACGGUUCAGAUACCUUUUGCCUCGGAGAAGCAUGCUUUGAUAGCAAAAAGCUCUAUCGAGGUGGAUCCUGAACUACAACCUCACGCGGUAAAGAGAGCUAUGUUAGUCGAAGGCAACGUACUUCACGCCGAAUUCACUACACUUACAAUACGUCUCGCACGAUUGACAGUCAAUGCGUUCCUGGAGAACGUCGCCCUCGUAGUCCGUACAAUAGAACAUUUUGGUACAGAGGCCGAACAGCGACAUUCAUGA